CUUUACCAGUUGUCUUAGUUCCUGGGUUGGGGUAGGACGUUCCAGAAACAAGCACGCAAGAGAACUAUAACGAAGAGGAACUUAUAGCGAAGACAUAUUUAAAGAAGAUGCCUGAUACAAAAAACAAGAAUGCUCGACAACAGCAAACUGCAAAUUUAAUCUCUGAGACGGACAAAGAAUUUGUGACGUCAACAUCAUGUCACGGCAUAUCAUAUUUUUGCACGGGUGAGAAAAUGAUCGUCCGUAUAACAUGGCUGGUAUUAAUUGCAGGAAUGGUUAUAUCGUUGGUUGUGCAAAUUUAUAGUAGGAUAAGUUCUUACUUCGAAUAUAAAACGACGACAGAUAUAUCCGAAGUCUUUGUACCUUCUCUAGAAUUUCCAGCUAUCACCAUUUGUAGUUUUAACCGAUACUUUAAGCCUAGGUCAUCAGUUCUUGAUUUGAGACAGUUUCAUGCGUUGAAUCGUUUGACAUCCCUUACCCAAAUAUCAAGAAAUAUAACAAAAGAAAACGAGGAAAAAUUUGACGAGCUUGGUGACGAUUUCAAUAUAACAGCUCAUAUCAACAAAUAUGGAUUCUUUAUUGGACCAGACAUAAAGCAUUGCAAAUAUAGAUCAAGAUCUUGUCGUCAAGAGGAGUUUACAGAAUCAAUAUCUUCACUCGGUAAAUGUUUUACCUUUAAUAAGGAAGGGAGAGUAUUGGACCAAAACGUUCCCGGAGCGGAAAAUGGUUUCUCUAUGGAAAUCGACGCCAAGCAAGUGCGAUAUACUGAAGAACCUUUGCAUGGUAUUAUGGAAGCAGGCAUCAAAAUUCAGGUUCAUCCUAGAUAUGAAAUUCCUGACGUGGAAACAUUCGGUAUAGCGAUACCAACAGGAAUAAAAGGAUUACUUGCUGUUAAAAGAACAGAUUACAAUUUGAUGUAUGAACCAUGGGGAAGAUGUAAUACGACGAACGAACAAUUGAAAUACUUCAACACAUACACUCUUCACAACUGCGAACAAGAAUGUUUCACCAAAUUGUUAAUUCGCCAAUGUGGAUGCAGAUGGCAUACGCAACACUGGGCCAAAGAGGACGCAGAUGAAUGUACACUGGGACAAGUUCGAAAAUGUGCCUCUCAAUUUCUAUUUGAACUGAAACAAAAUUAUUCCACAAGUGAUUGCAAUUGUACUACGCCUUGCCACUUCACGAAAUAUGACGUUUCAGUGUCAUAUGCAACCUUUCCAGGAAUUACAACAUUGGAAAACAUAAUGGCAUUCAAUGAAAUACAAGAAGAAGACGUGUUCAAAAAUAUCUUGAAUUUAGAGGUUUAUUUCAACAGUAUGAGUUAUAACAUUUACACACAAUCUAAAAAAAUUGACGAAUCUGGACUUUUGAGUGACGUAGGAGGUCAGCUUGGUUUAUGGGUGGGUAUGAGUUUCAUCACGGUGUUUGAAUUUAUCCAAUACUUUAUAAAACGUUCGAGUUAUUGCUGCACGAGAAACAAUAUGGUUGAAGAUGUAGCCUCCGACAAAGUCGAUGACAUUCUGUGAAGAGUCUUUCGUAUCGAAGCAUCUUAGCGUUGCCAAGACAUAUCAAUAGUAUCUGUUAUACAUUAACAAAAAAAAA